CUUGCCCACGUGUUGGCAUGGAUUGCUGGGGCUACCGGCACCUAUAAAGAUGCUCCGUGGCUCGCCACACACCUCCUUUGGUGAGUCUCGAGUCCCCCAAGAACACGAUACUGUGAGAAAGUCAACUUUUCCUCUUCUAGUGCGUUUUACCCUGCUAAAAAUAGCAGAGUGCCGGUGCUCACCUGGUGCCUGUGGCGGCAGCCUGCCACCGCGCAAGGACAGCCUGCAGCGCGCCGGGCCGAGCCGCCCCGGCAGCAGGGCCAGCCUGGAUACUGCCCUCGGGCGGGGAUGCGGCCUUGGCAGGGCUCCUGCCCCGCCGCCGCGGCCCUCGGAGGGGUCUCUCCCCUCACGGCGGCUCCGCUCCCUCACGGCGAUUCCCCUCAGGGCGGGACGGCGGCGCCGGCCGCGGCCCGGGUUACAUAACGCCGCCCGCCGGGCCGGGCCGCGGCGGCGAGGGCGGGCCCUCGGCGCAGCCCCUGAGGUGACGGGGCCGGUGCCGGGCGGCCCCACCGAGGGUGGAGGAGCGUCCCAACGAGCGAGUGAGCGGCCGCAGCGUUGGGGGGGGUUGCGAAGAGGCACCGCGGCCCCCUUGGGCUGCCCGCGGGGGAAGCAGCGGCGGGUGCCGCGGCGCUUCUUGGAAUGCAAUGACUCAGAAGCUACAGGAUGAAUUUGACAGUAGCGUGGAGAAUGCAGAAGCUUGGAUGAAGGCCAUCCAAGAGAGACUGAGGAUCAAUGACAACACCAACGGACCUCGAUCUGCCCUAGAAGCCAGACUGAGAGAGACUGAGGAAAUACGUGCGCUGGAACCAGAAGGCAACUUGAAAAUGGACUUGAUUCUUGUGAAGGCAGAUGCUGCUCUUCGUAGCAUCGGUGAGGAUAAGAAGCAUGAGGUACUAUCUAAACUGAAAGACAUUAAAGCCUUGUGGGAAGAGACAGCCAUAUACAUUACUCACUGUCACAGCCGUAUUGAGUGGGUCUGGCUGCACUGGAGUGAGUACCUGAAAGCUCAAGAUGAGUUUCACGCAUGGAUUCACCACAUGAGAGUGACCUUGGAGCCUGACAUUGAGUUGCAGCUUGGCUUAAAGGAGAAGCAGUGGCAGCUGAGCCAUGCUCAGGUUCUGCUGAAUGAUGUCUUAAAUCAAUCAAUCCUGUUGGAAAGGCUGCUGGAGGAAGCUGAUUCCUUGUUCAGCAGGAUAGGUGACCCCAGCGUUGAUGAGGAUGUUCAGAAGAAAAUGAGGAUGGAAUAUGAAGGAAUCAGGGAAGAAGCUCAGAGCAGAGUGAAACUGCUUGAAAAGAUAACCAAGGAACACGAACAGUACAACGCUAACGUCAACCAGUUUCAAUUGUGGCUGAACAGUGUGACAGAAAGAUUAAACUGCUGCAUUGGAGAAGCAACCAAGUCUUCAGCAGAGGACAAGUUAAAGGCACUGAAGGAAAUUGCCAAAAACAUUAGAAGUGGUGGAAAGAAAUGGAAGCACCUUGAAAUUCAGUGUGCAGAGGUGAUUCAGAAUACUUCCCCACUCGGAGCUGAGAGAAUGAAGGAUGAACUCGAAGAGCUAAGAAAAGCCUUGGAGAUGUUGAAACUGCUGAGUAGUGAGGAGGAGGAGAGAUUGCUCAAGAUCCAAGAGUCAGAAAGUGCCUAUGAGUCCCAAGCCAGGCAAUUAGAAGCAGAUGUACAGGACUUGAGAAAAGAUCUACAGAGACUAGAAAAUUACCUGGAGCCUGGGGAAGGGGAAAAGACUGAAGAUGAGUUUGUAAAUCUGUGGAGAAAAUGCAAUGCAACGAGAGCAGCUCUGGCUGCAGAAGAGUCCACGGUUGAGAGGCUGAAGGCUCAGCUUAAGGAACUGCUACGGUUUUCCCCAGAUGUGCAGCCCCACGCUGAGAGUGUUGUCUCUGCAAUACAGCAGUAUGAAAGUGUUAGAGGCAAGACAUCUAAAAUGAGCGCCGAUACAGAAACCCAACUGAGAGGACUCUUCCAAAAUCCCCUGCAAGAUUUUGAGCAGUGGAAGCCAUCGGUCCAGAUGCUCCUGGAGACUCCGGAGCCAGCGCUGGCUCACAUUGAGGCUGCUCUAGCUGAAAGCUCCCAGUUCAACGAGAAGUUGAUGACAUUACAGCUGAAGAAAGAUUUGCUAAACAAUAUCCUUGGUGAGGAAAAAGCAAAGUCUUUCCUGCAAGAAGUAGCUGAAGCUUCAAAGGAGAGAGAAAUUAUACACACAAGUCUGCUGCAAAGCAAAAGCAAACUCCAGAAUUUGAUAGCGCAACAUAAGGACUUUGAUGCUGGUUUCGCACCUUUGCAGAAGAAAUUGUCUGCCAUCAAAGCCAAAUUAGAUCUAGAGAAGGAACCACAACCUGACCUCUUGGGUAAAAAGACACAACUCCAGAGACUACAGAUGAUCCGAGAUGACUUGGCAGAGCUUGGCAUUCAAAUGGAGGCAGUAGAGAAGCUUGUUCAGUCAAAUACCACACACAGGCAUGAGAUGAACCAACUUUCAUCUGACUCUCAGGCUCUGAAGAGGUCGUUGGAGUUGAUGAUAAAGCAGAGUGAAGAGUACGUUCAGAAGCACUGGGCGUAUAACGACAAACUCUCUGACCUCCAGCGGUGGAUCACAGUAACCACGGAGAAGAUUGACUCCUACCAGGAUGUUGAUGGAGAGCAGAACACUGAGGGCAGGGUGGCAGACCUGGAGAGAUGGCUAGCUGAGUUUCCAGAUAAGGAGGUCCAGCUGCACCUUGUGGAAGCUCAUGGCCAGCUGGUCAUGGAGGAUUCUUCCCCAGAGGAGACUGCCCAUGUCCAGGCAGAGCUGGAUCAGCUGAAGGAAUCGUGGAGAUCACUGAAGGAGAUGGCAACUGGUCUUCUCAAAAAGUGGCAGUUAACUAGACCAGUGGCUGAUAAGAAGAAAAUAGCAUUUAUGGACAGCAGAUGGAUGUCUGGACCUACCUUCUGUCAUUUAGAUACAUAUCCGAACCAUAAGCAGGAGGAAAUAGAAGGGCAACACACGAGCAGCCACCUGAAGCUCCUACACGACUUUGAAGAGUGGUUACAAGGAGAAAACAACAAACUAACUAAAAUUCUUGCUGUGACUUCAUCUUCUGCAGAGGAAAUUAAGGCACGUCAGAGCAAACUGGAGGAGCUGCAGUCUCGUGUGCCUGAGGGUCAGAGUCUCUUUGAGGACCUUCUUGAUCUUCAGCCUGUCUUUGGAAAUUCUGAGGAUCUGGAGGACCUGCGUUACCGAUGGAUGCUCUACAAAUCUAAACUGAAAGAGUACAUGAGCUCACCGAGUCCUGGAUCUUUGGAAGAACCAGACAGAUUCAGAAAGAAGCGCUCUGGAGGCGUGUGCUCGUUCCUGCGUCGAGUGUGCUGGGCAGCACUACCAUUCCAGCUGCUCCUCUUGCUCCUCCUCCUCCUGGCCUUCCUCCUGCCCCUGCCCUACAGCUGCAUGCGGGCCAACAACUUUGCUCGGUCCUUCAACCUGAUGCUGAGAUAUGAGGGCCCACCUCCAACCUAACUUCUUGGCGUGGCACGAGCCUUUCUGCUCUGGAUGAUUUUUAUGUGUUCACAGAGGCAUUUGACAACACAGGAGUAUGCAACUGGGGGAAAAAAAUUCUACACGGAGGACCAUAACAGAACAACUGCAUCGUCACCUUGAUGUUUCAGUGUUGUGACAGGUUUAAAAAAAAAAAAUUAGAAACACAUUUUUGCUGCUGGGUUUGCAUUCAAUUUAUUCUGUAAGUCCCCUGUCUGUAAUCUUGGAAUUUUUUGCUUUAAAUCUCAGCAAAUCCAUUCUCAUUAACUUAAGGAAUCUAAAUAUCUCACACAAGUGAUGAAUCUUUCUACUUCUUUGCAAUGGAAACUAUCCAAAGCACAGGACUUUGAUGUUGAUCUCGCUUAAAGCAAUUUAACUCUUCCAUAAUGUCAUUGAUCUCACCUGUCCAAUGCAGGCGUGAGAUUUUUCUAAGAAAGAAAGAAUAAAAAUAAUAAGCAUAUAAUCAUAGAAUAGUUUGGGUUGGAAGGAACCUUUAAAGGUCAUCCCCCCUGCCAUGAGCAGGGACAUCUUCAACUAGAUCGGGUUGCUCAGAGCCCCGUCCCGCCUGGCCUGGAAUGUUUCCAGGGAUGGGGCAUCUCCCACCUCUCUGGGGAACCUGGGCCAGUGUUUCACCACCCUCAGUGUAAAAAAGUUCUUCCUUCUAUGUAGUCUAAAUCUUCCCUCGUUUAGUUUAAAACCGUUACCUCUUGUCCUGUCGCAACAGGCCCUGCUAAAAUCACAAAAGUAGUCUUGAAAUGUAAAUCCAAAAUUUACUUUUUUUUUUUAUUCUCUUGGGUUUUUUUCUGAAAAGUUUGUGAUGCUGAUUCCUGGAAGUGUGUGUAUAUAUUAAUCAAGUCAGUAAUUGGAAUAAUGAAAACCAACUGGCUCGGUCAACUUCCAGGAAACUGAACAAAGCUCAGAUUCCCCAAAACACAAGCUAAAUCAUACCAUUUCCAAAUCAGUCCUUAAAAUCUUGAGCACUAUUCUUCAUGCCUGAAUCUUUGCUCACACAUGAUUUGGGGGUUACCCCCUCGCUUUUGUGCCUAUAAAAUCCCCAGCACGUACAUCUCUCAGAUCCAAAUGUAACCAAGCUGUGUUUAGAGCUCAGCUAUAAAAACCUAGGAUGCACCAAACAGAUAAGCAUCCACAACUGAGGACUUUGCACUACUUGACUCUAAUCCAGAUCCAACCACUGUCAAAGGGUGCUAAAACCUAAAAUAAAUUGAACAUGUUUGAGCUUGUCAAUUAUUUGUGCAUCUGGCUCGGGCCACGUAGCCUAUACUGCAUGCAGAUACCCAGCCUGUUCACAGAGCAGAGCUCUCACGUGUCUCUCCAAGCUCUUUUGCCUGCACUGUUGGACCAGUAUUUGGUUGACCACAUUAAUGACCCUUCAGUGUUGAAGGCAAAAUCCUGCACUCCGGUGCCCAUGCAUUAAAGUAAGAAUUCUGCACAGCCCAAAGGCACACUUCAGACCCAACCUUUGGAGUGAAAGCAAGCCUAAUUUAUAAAUUGUAAUUGAUUCUGUAGCCAGAUGCUUUUAACAGAAUUUUCCAUGACUGCAAUACAGUGAGGUAGAAAAUUGCUAUCGUGCCACGCGUCUAUUAAUAGCCCUUUCUCUGAUUUAAGCUAGCAAUUUAGAUUGUAUUGCAUAUUAUUUACAUAUGCCCUCUCCAGAAGUCUCCGUAUGAGAAACGUGUUCAGUUCUAUGCACACACAUUUAAAACAUUGUAUUCCCCUGUUAGUACAGAAUCUCCAGGGCAAUCAUGAUUUCUACCAAGUACUAGCUUAUUUGCCCUGAGUGAGAUAUUUACUAAACUGAAACAUUUGCGGCUGAAAAGAAAGCUACUAGCCUAAUUAAUAAAACCACCUAAUGAUCACUGAAUAAUUUGGAGAGCUUUUAGAAUGGCUUUCCACUACUCCUUAAUCCUUUUCAUUGGGACAGCUGAAGACCUGGGAGAGAAGAAAGGGCUCCAAAAAAUGGCCAUCACUAGACAGGUAGAUGGUAAUCUCUGCACGUCAGAUGAAAUCGUAUUUUCUCUUCAGUUGCUCUGGGACCUCAGGAUUUUGCUCCAUCUGAUCUCUUCUUCAGUAUUAAACAGGAAAUGUUUUACUUUGAAUGUGUGCAUACACAUCUCAUUAGCACUAAAGACAUUUGAAGACUGAGUUCAUGUACAGGAAUUAUUUUAACUUGUGUUGACAAGAGAGUACAUUGUCGUCUUUUCUCCAGAAAAAAUAAAACCCCUAUAUGGCAGAGAUUCCCAGAGCAAACAAAACAUUUUAGAAUAACUGAAGAUUGCAGACUGAAAUUAAAUUAUCCACCCUAGUAAACUGGAGAAAUAGUUUUUCCUUUCAAGAAAUGCUGGUAUAAAUACCCCAAUAAACAUAUCUUUGCCAGGCAUCAGAGGUGUCUUUCAGAUCAUAGGUUAUGUACCCAGCUGGCUGUAAGAACUGCUUUUGGAGACUUUACUAUCCGUUGGAUGGUAUCAGUUGCUAGUCUACAGCUGAAAACAGACCCUUAACCCAAGGAACUAUAUCAGCUUCUUCCAGAGUUGCUGGGGGCUGUCGAGGAUAUUCUUAGUAGUUCUCAGAUCAUUGACCUGCUCUGAGCCAUUACAAGUUUAUUGCAUUAAUCUAUCUGUCAGCGGUUGGCAACUCUCAGAAACCAGUUUAUUAAAAUACUAAAGAUAAUAUUGUUGGCGCAGGCAUUCAUGAUUCAUUCAGAAACCAAUCUUAUUAUUUUUGCCGUGUUUAAACAUAAUUAUCUAUUGGUAAAACUAGAUUAUAAACAGCUUAGUCGUAGGUGUUGGGUAACUGUGUGGAAAGUUUUAGGCACAAGGCUUUUUGGCUUGCACACAUAGGUUUAAGAAUUGUGGGUUCAUUUUGCACUUGAUCAAUGAUAAAAAUUAAAUAAAUAAAUUCUUGAGUGUUGCAUUUUCCAAAAAAAAUAUAAAGCAGGAUGGAGUAAUCUGCCAUACAGUUGAUUUUUUUUUAUUAUCCCUUGUCUAUCCAAUUUAAAAUAUGAAUAUGUGUCUACCAGAGAGUUAUUAGUAGAUGUGGAAAGAAAAAGAGUAUCUAUCAGGAAUAUACCAAUUCAAGCAGUAGCCUAAAUGACACCUCUGUUACCUAAGUGCCACAUUUUAGCUCCUUGAUAGCUGUGAUCUAUCCACCCUCCUCCUAGUAAACCAUAGGCAAGAUGAAACUGCACAGGUGAAGGUACAGCAUCCCAGUGGAAGCAGCAGGAGGCGUUAUCUCUUCAAAAGGCAGUCUGAUGUCUCGAUGCAAGAGACGAACAUGGAGGUCUGGCAGAAUGAGAGCAACCCAGGACCGAUGGCACAGCAGCAAGGGUUGGCCGUCCUGCUCUGCUGGACAUAGUUUUGACAGUGGCCAUCAGCAAUUUGCGGUUUCACAUCCCUGACUGUGGAAGGAGGCUCCCCUCAGGGUGAUUCACUCUCGCUGAGAGCUGAGCCUUGGGAGUUUUUUCUUUCCAUUAAAUACAGAAGAAACUGCUAAAUCAAAGCCCUCAGUGACAGAUUAAUGGUAGGUGGUAGGCGCUGAUGCUCCAGGAGAAGAUGCGGGAAAUGCUAUUGUAGCUAGAGAGACAGUCAUGAAGGUCUCUCUUCAGUCCUUAGGAAUUACAGGUUCAUUAUAGAACUGAAGUAGGAGGUUUUCUGCUCCUUUGCAAGUAAAUGCCAAGCAUUGCCUUUAGUCUUCUGGAUUUUGGGGGUGAGCCUGUUCAGUGCCUUAGUGAAUGCUAGGGGCUUUCUGGCUUCAGAGCCGUUCACAGCAGUGAGUUCCACAUGCUUCUUACGAGGUAUGUGAAAAAGGUAUUCCCCUGAAUUGGCUUUGAAGGUUUGAUUUUCCUUCUUUGGCCCCGUGUGUUGAAUCCAAGGAAGGAGAAAGACCUGCACUACCCUCUCCAGACCAUUCUUUGUCUUUCCUUCUUUUAUCAGAGCAGGGGAGACUCGGCUUUGUCUCCUUCCUAAAGUAAAUGAUCCCAGUCUUUUCUGCUUCUUUUCGUGUUAUAACUCUUCCACACCCUUGAUCAUUUCUGUCACCUUCCUCUUAACUGUUUCCAGUGCCAGUUCUUCCUCCAUACAUAGAGCAAAAAAUCUAGUCCUGUUUCAAUAAAUUGAAAUUCAAUACAUUUUUCCCCUGUUGCAGUUCCUCCUGCACAUGCUCUGCCUGUUUCUGCUGCCCCCUAUGUCAAAACAGCCUUCAUCACUACCUGAGGGGACUCUGGUCCUUGCCAGCCAUUUCUUCCAAGUCUCCUGGCCAUGUCCUGCCCUCAUCUGCCUUCCGUGUUGGCUCAGGGACUGCCCUUAAUAUGCACAUCUGCAGAUGGGAGUGCAAGGGUGUCGCUUAACAAUUAUUGAUAAUGAAAGCCUUGCCAUUAGCAUUGCUCAUAGCCUGCCCAGCCCCUUUUCUCUUCUUCUCUCUAAGCAGGUUUUGAUGGGUAAUCCAAUUACUGCAUGCAGAAAAUUGCCCUUUAAUCGGUGAGGAGGGCCCGUGUUUCAGUCUCAGCUCCAUUAUCCUCGCACGGCCCGUGUAGGCGCUCCCGUGUGCUGUGUGCUGCUGGCCCGGGGCUGUGUGCACCAUGGUGUGCACCCUUGAGCUGCUGGGAGCGUUUGAAUGUCGCUGUUAUACACACUAAUAAGCCAGGACUUCUUUUUGGGCGGGAGGGGGGUGGAGAAAGAAAAAGAAAAUGGUCACUUUUAACAACGUGAUUUCACAACUCAUUUAUCAAGCCCUCUAGCAAACCAUUUAUUUUAGCUCCUUUUUGCUCCGUCAAAAGCUGUAUGUUGAAAGGGAAAGGUGAAUUUGGAGAGGCUGGAAACUGAAGGCAGGCUGCAGUGCCACCCGCCCUCACCAGCGCUUUGCUGGGAGGCCUCCAGCUAGAAUUCAGGGGUAGGAGCUGUUAUUUUUCCCCGCCUUCAAAAUCAAAUUAUUUCUUUUGUCAAGUCCAAUAAGCAUUGAACACCACAGACUUGGUUUCACUACAGAUAUGAAUGAACGCCUCUGUACAGUACUUUCCAUUGCCAUGAAAUAUGUGUAUGUGUAUAUAUGUAAUGGGGAGUGUAAUUAUUGUUCUGCUUAAAGAAAGGUGACAUUCCACUUCAAUGUAACUUUCAAGUGCAGCUUUUAAGAGAAACCGUGUCUUAAAGGGAAGCUGGAAGAGUUUAGAGGUAUGUGUUUUAACGAGCUUUAAUGAGCUUUAAUAAGCUUUGAGUUAGGGCUUUGGUCUCUACAGCAAAAAGCACCCAAGCUGAUUUUCCCAUCACCUCCCAGAUCAUCCCCUGUAAGAGUUUGACCUGGGAGUCACUGCUUGAGCACUGGCUGUUCCUGAAGGUAUUUUGGAUGCUGCAUGGACUAACUGUGUCUGUCGUCAAACACCAACCUCCGUUUUGUACGUGUGCUUGACUGGGAGGUGAAAGACACGUCUUUGUCUUGCUCUCCAAGACCCUGACUGUCGUUUUUGUCUCAGCGGAUGUAUUCCUUUUGAUUAGUGUCACUCUGUCCAUUUUUUUUUCUCCUUUUAAUUGAGUUUAUCGGGUGAUUCGGGGAGGGCACGCUCCACCUGCCCUGCCUCAGAGCUUCCCUUGCAGCAACAGACCUUCUUCUCUUUUGUUUACAUGGGUGUACUGGACCACUGUGAAGCAAUCACACAAGCAAUAACGCGGGUGUUGCAUUUUUCUGUCAUUGCCUUUUUUAAGAUGUAACACUCCAUUGACAUUGAAACGUGGUAGGAGACCCAGAAGCUGCAUCGUUGUUUACUAGCGAUAUAACCCAUGUACAGUGCUUCUACGGGGGACCUGUCCUCGCUUCUCAGAGCAGCUGGCUGUCUCAGGCCCAAUUUAAUUAACAAGGCUGGAUUAUAAACAAUCUUGGAUCCCUUCACCAACACUCCAUCAAUCUUGCUUCCAUCCAUUUUUGUGCUUUUGUUUAGUUUCAAGCUAGAAGGAAGUUUAAAGAACGAUGCUAAGACUCCCAUGUAGGGUGAGUAAAUAUCCCAUAUAUUUCACAAAAAUUACAACAAAAUGAAGGGAUUUACUCUCUCAUUGAACAGAAUUAAUAAGUUCUAAUUUAUAUAUUAAAAAGUUAUUAAGAACAGCCUGGAGUGAAGUUUCUGCAAUCAAACUGUUCUCUGCUUUUGAUUUAAAAAUGAGCAAAUAUUGACGUAUAUUUUGCCACCUUCUAUUAGAAGUGACCUGGAACUAAAAUGCAAAUCCUCCCAAAUGAGAGGUUUAUUGAUGCGGAUCUAAAUUUCACCAGUAUGUCCCAUGUUAGAUCACCCGCCUCUGGGCAGAGAGGAAACCUAAAGCCAUUCACAGGAGAAAGUCAUAUUGUGAAUGGUUUUAAGCUUCUUCAGAGCUCCUAUCCACUUCCAAAUGUCCCUAAUAGGGAGGAUAAAAAACCUUCCCGUGAACCCCGUGCGUUUUGCAUGUUGAAAUCCUGGCUUGCAUUCAGGUCUCCACCUCAGCUUCUUGUAAAUGUUAAUAUUCAAGUAGAACAAAAACAUUAGAGGCAAUUACAGCAUGAACAUCUCUUCUUGUUUAUGUAUAGUAGCUGAUAGCAGGGUCUGUAAUAAUAAUCUUUGCUCAUACAUGUGCUGGUCAAUGUAACAGUUGGGUACAAAAUACCUUUUACCUGUCACAAGAAAAUAACUGGAUUGAUGUCACUUCUUGCUUGUAUGAAUAUAAUUAUUUGCCUUGCAGGGACCAGUUCCACUUUUGUCAUGUUAUUUAUGAUUUUUAAAUACAUUUGUGAUAAAUUAGGCUCGUUUCUAAGGUAAACAAUACUGGAGCCAAGCAGCUGUCUCUGUACAUGUGCAUGUUAUCACAGCUGAUAUCAAGUCCAAGUCAGACUCCUUGUCUUGCUUGGACCUUGCCUUGACCUUUCUGGCUUUUUCAGGGAAACGCGGACCACUCUAUUUUCUUAUUAAAAAGGUGGCUUUUUGAAAAGCUGAACUUAUUUUUUAAAUCCUUUCUUUUUACAAUUAUUGAGUCUGAAAGACUGUAACAAUCGUAUUUUUCUAAACUGCCAAUUGCUUGUGUUGGGAAAUGAUAUAUAGAUAUAUAUAUUUUAUUCUACAGAUUUCCAUGUAGUUUUGAAACUUUGUUUUCAUAUAUAUCCUCCUGUUUGCUAGAAUUAUCUCAAAAAGAUGUAAGCUUCUGUGUACUGACUCUAUGAAACUGUAUGAAAAUGCAGCUGCAUAAAAAGACUGACUUUGUUUUUGAUUUAAAUUGUUAGAGCUAAGUCAUCCUUAGUGUUACGUCACACAAGAUGUAUGGAAAGAAAUCAGGUCAUUGUUUCGAAAGGCUGGACAGUGUUACGUGACACUUCCUCAAAAGUCUUGACUGAAAUCAGGAGAAUUCACCCUAGAAAUGGUGCCAUUUUGGGGCCUGACUCUAUAGUGUAUUCACACUGUGUAGGACCUUAUUUCACAAGUGCUCCAUGAAAUUUCAUGGGAAAUAUUAAAAAGAAGAGCCUAUGAUGUAUGAAUAGCAGUGACAGAAUAAGGCCCUUCUGUAAUGAAGAAUGAGGCCUUUUAACUGGGGAAGAGUUACAUUUUGUGUAUUUCAGGACAACAUUUUGUGUUCUCUUCUGCGCUGUGGACUCCUCCUGUGUCCUCUGGAUUUAUUCCAAAGCUGAAAUGCCAGAUUAUAUCGAUUGAAGCCCCCUGCACAGAGGAACGUAAUACAAAGUUGCAGUGAAAUAUUGCAGAAAAUGGCCUGAUUUCAUUCUUCAGAACAAUAGUUAAAGUCACUCACAGCCUUGGCUUCUGCGCACCUGUGAAGCAGAGGCCCUUGGUUUGUACCUUGGUCGUGGUGUAACAUGGAAGGAUUUCUGCUCGCUGCCUGGAAAAUACUGUCUAUUCCUCAACCUUGUCAGAAGCAUAAUACUUUCUCAAGUAAAAAAAAAAAUCUGAUUCUGCAAGACUCAUCUGGGAGUUAAGGGCAGCUGGGACCUUCUGUGAUCAGGCCACAUUAUUCCGAAAGUUUAUCCCUCGACGACAAAUAAAAUACGAUGUGGCUUUGCUGUUUGCAAGUAGGAUAAAGAGACUGGAAAUUCAUCACUCCAAGCCCUAGCCUUGUGACUGUUUUGUGACGCUCCACUUUUACCAAUUAACUGUGUUGAAUCGGAUUAUAAAAGCAGAGUAUUUUACUGCAUGUGUCCUUUUUUGUAAUGAAAAUAUAGUUGUAUUUGAUGUUGCAGUUGUAAUGCAGUAAAUAAAUA